AUGAGCAUCCGCCAGACCGCCCAAUGUCGGCGCCUGGGAACGCUCGCGAACCAAACAUUCUUGAGGUACGGUAGACUAUGCAAUGGUAGCGAAACUCCAAGAUUUUCUUCGACCGAAACCGGAUAUCCCACGUCUCGACGAAACUCCGUCAAAGAAAGGCAGCGUGCCGAACGAGAGCAAUUGAUCAAGUCGCUGAAAGAAUCGCCUGGAAAACGCGAUGCCAGAAACUUCCUGAAACACUUUGAUACCUCUACGAAGGUUCACAAGGCAGCUGCUGUGGAACAGGAUCGCGCUGUGCGGGAUGCCGUGGAGAAGGCGCAUCAUAAUGAAUGGCGCCUGACGAGGACGGGCGUGAACUUGGGGAAUCUAUAUGAGCCGACUAAGGCUAUACAAGACAGCCCGGUUUUCUCUCAGCAGCCCUUGCCAGAGAAGCGUGGCCCAGAGCUUGUGGAGCCGCUACAUAUUGCAUUGGUCAAGUUGCGACAACCGCAGGUGCUCGACGAUGAGACGCUGGGGGGACUCGCGUUGACCUUAAGCCAGAUGGUCCGUCUGGGUUUGAACAUCGCAGUUGUGGUUGACUGCGACGACGAUGUGGUUCCGAAUACGCUCGAACUUAGCCCACCCUGGGAGGACCUGGUCCGUGAGCAAUCAACCCGCAUCGUCGAUGCGUUGGAAGAGUACAACGAACCAGGCGCAUUUGAGGUGGAUCAUGCGUUGACUGUAUCGGAGUUGCCCAAGGAAAUACCCGCCACUGUCCAUACCCGUGGAGUCGUGGAAGUCAAGCACAACCACCUGAUAUUUCCGCCAAUCGAAGAUGGCAUCAUUCCCGUCAUCCCGCCCUGGGCUUAUAAUGCGGAGUUAAAGAAGGUUAGAGUUCGACCGGACGAUGUGGUACUGGCGCUGACCCGCGAAUUUGCGGGCCUCACCAAGCAGAUCGUAGAGGCAGAGGACACGGAGGAAGGUUCUCUCAAGGAAUCGAAAGGACCCGACGAGGGGCGACUGCUGGACAGAAUCAUUGUGCUCGAUCCUCUCGGAGGGUUACCAUCCGACAACCGGGUGGAUGGAGCCCAUGUUUUCGUCAAUCUGGAAGCUGAAUACCAGGACGUGAGGAAGGAGUUAGAAAAGCGGCCUCCGACGGCUGAUCUGAGAAUCACUUCAUCAGAAGCGGAGCCAUCACUUGGAGCCAGUAACCCAUUCUCGGCAUUUGUUGAAACCGAAAUGGCACCUUCAUGGGGUCCAUCUACCCAGAAGAUCGAGAGCCCACAAGGGCCUAAUCGACACGUCCAGAACCUCGACGUGGUGCAGAAAGCUCUCAAGCUACUGCCUCCUUCUUCAUCGGCGCUAAUCAUCACCCCGACUGAAGCAGCCAUAUCGUCUCAAGUUCCCUUCAUGCCUUCACCCUCCACCGGCGUGCGAACGCGACGCUCCAAAAACCCUCUGAUUCACAAUCUCCUCACUGAUAAGCCGAUGAUAUCCUCAUCACUCCCAGCGCCUCUUGUUGACCGUGUUACGGCAUCUACCGCUCCGACCCCAGCUACUUUCCUUAAGAAAGGCAUCCCCGUCACUCUGAUACCGGACCCUCGCCUGACUGGCGGCUGGCAACCACCAUCUCCUGGAAAUCCUAGCAUCGAGUUGGAGAAAGACCCUCGUAUCAAUUUCCCUAGGCUUGUCGAACUUAUCGAAGACUCGUUCAGGAGGAAGCUGGACGCUCGGCAUUACCUGGACCGGAUACGAGGCCGAGUGGCAGGGUUGAUUGUGGCGGGCGACUACGAAGGCGGUGCCAUCUGCACGUGGGAGACGCAUCCCGAUGUGAGGACGACCCCGCCACCAGAUUCUCCCCUGUGGGUGCCAUAUCUGGACAAGUUCGCCGUCCUCACCACUUCUCAGGGCUCUGGUGGCGUGGCCGACAUCGUGUGGAAUGCGUUGACGCGGUCAUGCUUCCCCAAUGGCCUUGUAUGGCGCAGCAGGACAAGUAACCCCGUGAACAAAUGGUAUUUCGAAAGAGCGGUCGGAAUGUGGAAUCUACCAGACGGACAAUGGACGAUGUUUUGGACCACUGAGGGCGUGGUCGAGGAAUGGGCGGAAAAGAAGGCGGAGAAGAGGACGAUUACCGCUGAUGCUGUGGGCAUGAAUGAGAUGACUAGAUGGGACUCCUAUGUUGGUGUUUGCGGAGGAGUGGUACCCAGCUGGGCGGACAACAGGAAGCCGGAUUAA